GCCCGGUGCCCUCGUAUUCUCAUUUCAUUUCAUUUCAUUUCUGUUUUGACUUUUGAGGUUCUUUUGAAUAUCUUAUUACAUAUCUCGCAUUCAUAGGGCUGCAACUGCAAGUCCAUUUCUUUUCAACUGAAACGUCCAGGUGCCAUAUUACCAUCCACAACAUGCCAAAAUCUUCAGCUGAUGAGAAGAUUCUGAGUUACAACGAUGUCGUGCUCAGGGAAUCAGAUCUAGGCAUUCUAAGUGGCCCACAUUAUCUUAAUGAUCGUAUUAUCGAGUUUUAUUUCAGUUAUUUUUCUACAUCCUAUCCUUCAGAACACAUCCUACUUGUCCCACCUUCAAUUGCUUUUUGGACGAUGAACUGUCCAGACAUCGAUAGCUUAAAAGAUUUCCUACAACCCCUAAAUCUACCUUCAAAGAAACUUAUCAUCUUUCCUAUUAACGACAAUGAUGAUGUGACAGUUGCUGAAGGCGGCAGUCACUGGAGCUUACUUGUGUUCGAGAAAACGGCUAAUUUAUUUGUUCAUCAUGACAGUCUCGGUGGUCUUAACAAGAAGCAUGCAAAACACUUAUACAAGACACUUGUGUCAUUUAUGGGUGAUUCCGAGACAAAUUAUAUGGAAUGCAGUGGUACCCCUCAACAAGUCAAUGGUUAUGAUUGUGGCCUGUAUGUUCUAGCCAUUGCAAAAGAAAUAUGUUGUUGGUUUGAUAGCAAUGCACAUAGAAAUGAGGACUUGUGGUUUUCUUGCAUUAAGGAACUGGUUACUCCCUCCGCAGCUUCAAGAAUGCGUAGCGAGAUUUUAGAGUUGAUUAAGAAUUUAAGAGAAACGAAAUGAUUUUGCACAGUUGAAAUCUAAGCUGCCGUUGUAUGACGAUAUUUUGUUGAAAUUUGGCUCUCUUAUGUAUUUGAUGAAGUUGCUGACUGAUGUGGUUUAUUUCAUACCUAAUUAAAGUUCUAGGUUUUGAUA